AUGACGGACGUUCUGCCGCAGAAAAACGAUGAAUACGGCAGCAAGGAAUACUGGGACCAGAGGUAUAGCAAGGAGCCGUCCGGCGCAUCGUUCGACUGGUUCAAAUCAUAUGCCGAUGUCGCUGACAUCAUUCGGGAGCUAAUUCCUGACAAGGCGUCAAGGAUCUUGAUGCUAGGAUGCGGUAAUUCGACUCUGUCAGAAGACAUGUAUGACGACGGAUACAAAAGCAUUGUCAAUACCGACUACUCAGGUGUCUUGAUCGAGAACAUGCAGCAACGACACGAAUACACUCGGCCUGAAAUGCAGUGGCUGGAGAUGGACAUUCGAGAUCUGAAAUUUGAACAGGACACCUUUGAUGUCGCAAUUGAUAAAGGAACGAUGGACGCGAUGAUGACCGCAAAAGGUGAUGUCUGGGAUCCACCAGAAGAUGUCGUCGAGAACUGCAAUCGAGAAGUAGACGAAGUCUUGAGGGUGCUAAAACCGGGAGGGAUAUUCAUCUAUUUGACGUUCGGGCAACCUCACUUUCGCCGUCGCUAUCUCACAAGGCCCGGGACAACACUGGAAGUCCGGGCACUGGGCGAGGCGUUCCAUUAUUACCUGUACAUUUUGCGGACAUGA